AUGGCGUUCAACAAUCCUUCAUCACGCACUCCCGUGUCCUAUGGCAGCGCCACCAAGGCGCUAGGCUACAUGGUCUCCAUGGUGUCGAAGGCAUUCUCCGGGGAGGACGAGGACGAGCAUGCGUCCCUCCUGAAGAAGAAGAAGGGCAAGCAGGAGAACCGCUUCAUGCUCAGCGCCUGCUGCUGCUGCAUCAUGAUUCUCCUUGCGACCGUCAUCGGGUUUGUGUGGGCGCUCAAGUCGAUGAGCUACCCGGGGUAUCAUCCUCCUGCUCGACCGGAGUGGCGGCACCAUGACAGGGGGGGGAGGCAGAGGAUGCACGUCAGGGGCAGAGACGUACGGGAUGUGAUGAGGACGCGGCAGAGGGGCGUGAUGGAGGGGCAGUGA